GCCAAAAUCAUGCACCCUCGCCAACUUGGCCUCGUAUUCUGCACCUGGGGUCCUAAUCGCCUGCCGUAGUCUCUCGCUCUGUGCCGGGCAGGUGGAUCUGCUGUGCGGGUGGGAUCAUCUUGUUCGAGGCCCUGAAAUCUACACCACUCGGCCGGCCACAGUCAGCCAGCAGGACGCUGCCAGGGCUGUCUGUACCACACAUCUCCGUAGCGUGCCCAGGCAUUACGGAGUACUGCCAGAGCCUCCUCCCAAACACCCACCACCACCGACCCAGCGGCCCUGCCCUGCCUAGGUACCUUGUUAGCCUUGCCGCUCGCGUAUGGGAGGCACAUUUUCUCUCCAUCUCUGGCUCGUCGUCAACUCUACCUGCGACCCGAAUCAAUCAACCCCCUCACUCGCUUUGGUGGUUGGUUUCCUGUCGUUGAUACUAAGUUUCUACCUCUUGCUCGCUUUGUUUCUUGUGUACUUUUGGUGACCUGCGUUGCAAUUGUUUUAAUUGAACCAAGCAGAAGCGAGUCGACUCGCCGUUGGACUUCUCCAGCGUUGCCCAGCGAACGAACCCGCACUUCCCCCAACCUCACCACAUUCGCUCGAUUGUUUCGACCUGCGUCGUCGACCAUCAUCUCGACCUGCAGGGCACAACCAACCCAGGCGUGCAUUCACACCAGUAACCACAGGCCUCGAGCAUCCGUCAUCUGAGCUGGUGGCCGUCACGUAGGAGAAGGCGUUUCUUCGCCCAACAUGGCGAGCCGAAUGUCCAUGUACUCGGUGGCAUCAGACUUGCCUGGUGCCCCCCGGGGGACUGGGCAGCAGUCGGUUCAGGUCAGCACUACAACGCUGCUCAACUCCAUCCACAACAUUUACGUCGAGGGCAAGCCCUACGCUCUCGAUGCAAGCUCUAGUGUCGUCGUCAACACCUGGCUCACGGCCAAUCCCCCUCCUCCAAACCACUCGUCCGGAGGCACCAUCGACACAGCCCUUGGCGCUCGCGCGUGGGAACACGCCAGGCGAAGGGCAGAGGAUGGUUGCAUAAUUCUGAGUUCUCUACACACGUCGACGCCGUCCGUCCUCGUGCCGUUCCUCCAGCAUGGUCUGCCCUUGCAGAUGACCCCUAUGCUGUUCAAGGCCCUCGAAGCAGUCCUCCCCUUCAUCCGCUGUGUGACCCCACACAACCCAUCGACCCCUCGCCAGGCUGGCCUCGCCGUGACUUUGACACUCAACCUCGCCGGUGACCUCCAUGGGGCGUCCCUGGCACUCUCUCAGGGCGGCAUCGACACGAAAAAGGGGCUGUUGAACAUCCCGGCCGAGGCCGGAAACCGUGCUUUCGACGUGUUCUACUACCUCCUCAGCGCGAGUGCUACCCCGGCAGAGCGUGAGUUCCUUGGCCUUAAGAGCCCCGAGAGCUACACCCUCCUGGCACGAUCCAACACGUACCAGCCACCUUCGUACCUGAUCAAUGGCGACGACGCUGCUGCCGCUGAUGACUUCCGCGACGCCCUGAAGCAGAUCGGCAUCAAGGGCUCCGCCCACAGGAACCUCAUCUCGACGCUUGCUGGGCUGUUGAAGCUUGGAAACACCCUUGACUAUCAGAUCGAUGAGGAUGCAUUCGAUGAUAUCAUCGAGGAUGCUAGCGGUCUGCUCGGGGUCGAGCCCGAGGUGCUUGCGACCCAGUGCAGUACCGAAGAUAGGUCGACGUUUAUUGGGGGUCUCUACGAGGCUCUUGUGGACUGGGUCAUUACCAAGGCAAACAAUGCCAUCGCUGCCGAGAUGGGUCGUGCACCUCGUAGCGGGAGCGCCUCUGGCAGUGACAGUGGGGCGCGCACAAACAACACCGACAACGACAAUGAGGAUACGGUCUGCAUCACCGUUUUGGAAAUCCCCGACCCAGACUUAGGCAAGGCGUUGGCCCUGCGCGGUAUCUUCGACGACACCACCGGCAUUAACGCCGAGAUGAAGCAAGACGGCAUUGACAUUCCCGCCGCGGGGAGCUCGGUUCUCCGCGAGAUGCAAAAUGCCGUGAAUACCGUUGCCCCGGAUCUGGGCAUCAUGUCGGGCCCGGCUGGACGGGAGAGAGAGCACGAGCUCGAGAAGCGCGAGGAAGUGCUGGAAAAGCUCGCUCUUGCUGCCGACCAAGAUGGUUUCCUCAAGAAGCUGCUGUUUCCUGUCGAGGGCGAGGGCAUCAACCUCGGCCGGAAUGCGCGAGUGGACCUACAGAAUCUCCUGAGUAGUAGCCGCGCGUGGCAUCACCUCUCCAUCCACCCGACGGAUGACUCGCCGGCCAGCAUCGCUGGACUACCGUCCAUCACCUCUGCUUGGUCUGCAGGAUGUGUCUCGCGCCAGCUGCGCGCCUGGAGGCUGCCUGAGUGGGCCAACCGCCGAAACAAGAACUUGGACUUCACCGCAGACUUUGACCAUGAUGAAUUCGUGCAGCGUUAUUCCAUCCUCGGGUGCAGGGAUGGAAAAGAUGGCAUCGAAGGCUGGCUCCUCGAGAGGGGCUGGAGCAAUGGCGAGGUAGCUGUUGGUAACGAGCGCGUCUGGAUGCACGAGAACGCAUGGUGGGAGGCCGAGGGUAUGAUCGACAACAGGCAAAUCGCAGGCGCAGGUAUGGGAAUGGGAAUGGGCCUAGGAAUGGGUGGUUUCAUGGCAUCCACCGGCCUCGAAACAGGAUAUUCCGCCAACACCAACGGCAGUGGGUAUUUCGGCCAGUCUCCGUUUGGCGAUGCCCAUGCAAACGAGAGCAACGAGGGUCUCGUUCACUCGAGAAACCGUAGUCAGGCCACCUUGCUUGGUCCGGCUGCUCUCGGGCUGGGUCCAGGUGGUUCCCGGGCACCAUCCAUCGCUCCUUCACAGCAGGCCCAGAGCAUGCGUGCACCGCCCAAGGGUGACUAUGGCCUUGGAACAAAAGGCGACACCCACCGACACGAGGAGCAGUACUACUACAACAAAGAGGGCGAAUUCGUUGGCAUGAUGGAUCCCGAACUUGCUGACGGCAAGAAAAUCGAGGAGGAACCUGUGGACAAGAGCCGGCGUAUCUGGGUCGCUGUUGUCUGGGCGCUUACGUUCUGGAUUCCCUCUUUCCUACUGAGCUUCAUCGGUCGGAUGAAGCGACCGGAUGUACGCAUGGCCUGGCGAGAGAAGUUUGUCUUGUGUUUCUUUAUUGUCCUCGCCAAUGCCCUCGUGGUCUUCUGGAUCAUCUGGUUCGGUCUGCUGCUCUGUCCCAACUUCGACAAAGCCUGGACAUCGAAAGAAGUCGCCGGGCAUACUGCAGACAACGACUUCUGGGUCAGUGUACACGGCCACGUUUACGAUAUCUCCAAGUUCUGGAAGACACAACACAGCGACACCAACAUCAAGACAACCUCGGCCAUUAUGGAACCGUUCGCUGGCGCAAACCUCGACGGAUACUUCGUGCGGCCCCUCAUCACUACAUGUCCUGGAAUUGUGACAGACAAGAUGAUCCAGUUGGUUCAGAACACUACUGUUACCAACCCGAACGGAAAGCACACCUCAGGAUUCUACCAGCCAGACCCGAAUACGGCUCUGGCCGACCCAAACUGGUACUACGCCACAUUCGUCCCCAAGAUCAAGGAGUAUUACAAGGGUGACCUCGUCUUCGACAAAAAGAAGGUUUAUUCCCAAGGCCAGGCUGGAUUCAACAACUGGGUCAUCUACGAUGGCGGAAUCUACGACCUGACUGACUAUUUCCAUACGCUGGACGUUCAGAACAAUUUGGCUCAGUAUAGGUUUCUUGACUCCGAUCUAACAGAUGUUGUCUCGGACAACCUAGGCGAAGACAUCACGACUCAGUGGAACAGUCUAUUGAAAGACGCUUCGCACAACGUUACCAAGUCCACCAGUCUGGCAAACAGUCUCAACUGCAUCAAGAACACCUUCUACGUCGGCAUCCCGGAGUUUCGGUUCAGCGCCAGGUGCCAAGUCAACAAUUACAUUCUACUCGCUUUUACCAUUAUCAUCUGUAUGGUGAUCGGAGUCAAAUUCUUGGCAGCCUUGCAGUUCGGUUCCAAGCGACGCCCCGCCCCACAGGACAAGUUCGUCAUCUGCCAGGUUCCGGCUUACACCGAGGGCGAGGACUCGCUCCGCAAGGCUCUGGACUCUCUCACAGCUCUGCAGUACGACAACAAGCGCAAGCUUAUCUGCGUUAUCUGCGAUGGUGUCCUCGUCGGUGCUGGCAACGACCGCCCGACGCCCAAGAUCGUGCUCGACAUUCUCGGGGUUGAUCCUAAACUCGACCCGCCAGCGCUACCCUUCAAAUCCGUUGGCACUGGAAGCGAGCAGCUCAAUUAUGGCAAGGUUUACUCUGGUCUUUACGAGUAUGAGGGCAACGUCGUCCCAUACAUAGUGGUCGUCAAGGUCGGCAAGGAGUCUGAGCAGAAGAAGUCAAAGCCAGGUAACCGUGGCAAGCGUGAUUCUCAAAUCCUGCUUAUGAGCUUCUUGAACCGUGUGCACCACCGUGCCCCCAUGAGCCCUCUUGAGCUGGAGAUGUUCCAUCAGAUCAACAACAUUAUCGGUGUCGAUCCUGAGCUUUACGAGUACUUGCUUAUGGUAGACGCCGAUACCUGCGUCCGGGAGGAUUCGCUCAACAGAUUGGUCGCCGCUUGUGCCCACAACGCCAAGAUCGCUGGUAUCUGUGGUGAGACUAGCUUACAGAACGAGGAAAGGUCAUGGUGGACGAUGAUCCAGGUCUACGAGUACUUCAUCUCUCACAACUUGGCCAAGGCAUUUGAGUCGUUGUUUGGUAGCGUCACUUGUCUGCCUGGAUGUUUCACCAUGUAUCGACUUCGAACUUCCGAUCGGGGCAAGCCUCUCAUCAUCGCAGAUGAAAUCAUUCGAGAGUACAGUGACUGCCGUGUUGACACCCUUCACAAGAAGAACCUGCUUUCUCUGGGAGAGGAUCGUUUCUUGACCACACUCAUGACCAAGCACUUUCCCUACAUGUCAUACAAGUUCACCGGAGAUGCUUACUGCCAAACUGCUGCUCCCGAGACAUGGAGUGUCCUGUUGUCUCAGCGUCGUCGAUGGAUUAACUCGACGAUUCACAACCUGGUCGAGUUGAUGUGGCUCAAGGACAUGUGCGGAUUCUGCUGUUUCAGCAUGAGAUUUGUCGUGCUGAUCGAUCUCCUUGGUACUAUCAUCCUGCCGGCAACGACCAUCUACCUUGGCUACCUCAUCUACAGAGUUGCCAGCCACUCGGGUCAGUUCCCGAUGAUUUCAAUCAUCAUGAUAGCAGCCGUGUACGGUCUUCAGGCGCUCAUCUUCAUCCUGAAGAGGCAGUGGCAGCACAUUGGCUGGAUGAUCAUCUACAUCAUGGCCUACCCGGUCUAUUCUUUCAUCCUGCCCAUCUAUUCCUUCUGGAACCAGGAUAACUUCUCGUGGGGUAACACCCGUAUCGUCAUCGGUGAGAAGGGCCAGAAGCAGAUCGUCGCCGUUGAUGACGAAGGCUUCGACCCGCGCAGCAUUCCUUUGCAGCGUUGGGACGACCAUGCGUUGCAAAACAACUUGCCUGGGCGGCGCGGCUACACCGAGAAGGGUGGAAUUCAUGAUAUGAACAACCCUUACGACGCGGGCGGUGUUGAGUACGAGCUCGACGACAUGAAGUCCGUGUACUCGUCCGUACGCCAGCCUUCAGUCCUGACCGGCGCUCUCGGCCGUGGAGCCUACAUGGCCCCACCACAAUCUCCUGCGCCGUUCCAGCAGCACAUGAGCCGGAAUUCGACGUUCACGGCCCCGUACACGGAUCACCCGGGCCUUGCGCAGAGACAUUCCACAUUCAGCGUUGGCGCAGGUCUUGACCGGGGCAACUCGCCAUACCAGGAUCGCGCACAGUCUCACUUGGGCAUGGGCGCUGGGCAGUCCCGCGCUGGCACAGCCAUGAGCGGAUACAUGCAGCAGAACCAGUCCACCCUGUCUGUAGACUUCACUCGCGGCCCUGGGGCGAGCGGACCCGACGACGUGGUCAUCACUGAGUGUAUCCAGGCCGUCCUGCGGGAGGUCGACCUCGACACCGUCACCAAGAAGCAAGUGCGCGCCCUGGUGGAGCAGAGGUUGCAGACCGAGCUUGCGGGUGAGCGGAGGACGUUCAUGGACCGCCAGAUCGACAACGAGCUGGCGAACAUGUAAUGGGUGAAGCUGGGAAGAAAAUGAUUUGGGGGGAAAGGAACAGCUCCAGAUCUUUGGAAUGCGACUUGGAAAACGCAAAAAGUACUAUUAAUACACGGAGCAAAUGUGGGGGUUAAUGAUGGUAACCAUUUUUGAGCAUGAGAGAGAGGGUCCUCUGACAGAAUCUUUGGGUUAUUAUCUAGCGGCGUCAGCAUAUCAUUUUUUUUAUUACACGGUCUUUCAACAUCUUCUGUAUGGAGCUUGAUGGGUCAGGAAUCUCGGGCGCUUUUAAUAAUUGAGUGUCUAUAGUUCGACUUGGGAAAUCAUAUUAUCCCUUUACAAACGUG